AACUCAUGUCAUAUGUCAAAAGUAAAAAUUUGUACAGUUUGUAAAUAGGAAGAUAAUUGAUUGCAGGAGUUGUGGUUAUCAACUAUCGAUGUUUUUAUCCUUUUGUUAUGUGCUUUUGAAUAAUUAUAUACUAUAUUGGAAUGUAGAUUUAGUGAAAUAAUAUCUUAUUUGUGUAAAAUAAAUAAAUUCAAAAAUGGAGCCCGCGCUUUCCUCUGACGAUAGUUGUGAUUCCGAAAUGAAGAUAAUGAAGAAUGAAUUGAUCGAAUUUGGAUUGGAGGAAGACAAUCUCAGCAAAGAAGAAAUGACUGACCUUUUGAAAGCUUUGAAGAAUUCAAAAUCGACAGAACAAGAAGAUGAAGUAGCACGAGACAAAGUAAAUGUUGAGAAUACUGAUUGUCCUUCCCCAAAAAAAAAUAUGAAAAGGAGGUAUUUAAAUGUAAGAGACAGACGUUUGCCAUGGAGCUUGUUACCCACCACUAUAACACCAGCUGAGAAGGCUCGGACGCUAGCUGUGUAUAUCAAACUUAUGUCUCUGAACAGCUACCACCAGGCUAGACAGUCUGCUAACUUUGCUGCCUGGCCACCACCGUUACAGAUUGUGGAAGAGACCACAAGAGUACAACCUGUGAGGUCAACAAGAAGUGGCCGCUCUGUGCCUGUCUAUGCUGAUUUUGAUGAUGACUCCUCAGACCUAGACUUUGUUGUCACUAAAUCUAAGAAGAGAAAGGUAUCUACUAGUGAUCAUAAUGGAAGUGAUGGCAUAUAUACCAACAAAGUUUUGAGUCUAAAAAGAAAACCAUCCAAGGAUGAGAACAAUAGGCCAGUGAAGGAACCUAAACUGAAUACAGACAAUAAAUUAGAGGUUGUAUCUUCAGUAGUUCCUGUAAAGCCUAAGAAAGAUCUUUUUACUAUAAUUGAAGACUGAAAACCUCCUGUUCCAAUAUUUGGUACUUUAGAAACUUUUGAAUGUUAUUUGAAGGAACUGCAAAAUGUGCUUUCAUUCUUUGAGAUGUCUGUCAUAUAUUAUAAUCCAAAUGUAUGGAAUUAAAAUUAUGAAUGGAUGUCAGAAAACAAAACUUUGAUCUGUAGUCAAAGACUUAUAGAUUUUGUAUAUAACAUAGUAUAUAGUGUAUUGUAAUCAGAGAUAUAGAUACUAAAUGCUCUUUGAUGCAUGAGAAAGAAGUAUUGUAUUUUUUUUGUAAAGGUGAAAACCAAGCAUGUUAAAAAUUAUUUUUACUAUACCUGGGGCCUUAAGAAGAAUGCUUCAACUGUUAGCAGGGAAUACAAAAAUUAAAUGGUUUCUUGUUAUUUUACCUAAUUUAACAUUAGAUGUGAUAAUAUACCUCAAAGUAAUUUUUCAUGUCCUUAUUUAAAAAUUCUUACAAUUCAAAUAUAAUCCAAAGUACUACUAUAUUUUGCAUUAAAAAGUUUAUUGGAUUGCAUUUAUUAGCUGACUAUUAUAUUUAACUUACAGAGUUAAUAUUAAAUAUAAAAAUAAUGAAUACAUAAAAAUACUCUGAGCUGUAUUAAUACCACUACUACUGUUAGCUUAUGUAAAUUAUUUAAAAAAUCAUUUUAUAUUUACAUUUUCUUCUACCAGCCUAAGUAUACUCCUUAGAAAAUGUGCUUUGAAAGUAUUAUAUAACUUAUGGCUCUCCAGGAAGAUUCUUAUAAGAUAAAGAAAGUAUAUAAAUGCUUAAAUAUAUUCAAAUUAUGUUUAUAUGGCUGUUUGGUUACGGCUUAUAAAACUUGUGUAGUGGUGCCUGAAUAAAUAUGAAUAAUACCUACUCAAAUGGAGCAUAGAUACAUAAUUUGGAGCUUUCCUUGUGACUGGUAAUAGUCAGUUACUAAUAUAAGAUAUUCCAUGUAAGGUGCCUGAGAUUGCAGCUAAUAGCUCCCCUCGUGGAUAGCACUAAGUCAUUUAUCUACAUAGAAAUAAUAAAUAAUAUGGAUUCUC